UUCCCAUACACUUAACCUCAUAGCCCAAUAUUCCACCAACAUACAGUACUUGGACAUUUCGCCACAGUCAUUGUCUUUCCCUAAAUCGAAGCCGCAAAUCUACUUUCACUUUCAUUUCCAAAUCAUCAACAAAAUGAACAUCAGCAAUGCAGAUGGAUCAUCAUCAUCGUCACCCAGAUUCGGAACAUCGAUCCACAUAACAGCACUUGAUGGCAUAAUCAACGUCAACUCACUUUUCACACUCGCUGUUUUCAUCGGUCUCGCCUGGCAACCAACCGAUCCAAACAACAGCCUGGUCAACGAUCCAAACUGCGUCGCAAGUCAAAAGAUAGCCGAAGAUCUAAUCUGCUUCCAUGUCUACUCAUUCAGCUCUUUCUUGUUUUCAAGCCUUGUUGCUUUAAGCCUCAAACAAGCUAUCAGGAUUGCCAAGACAUCAUGCGAUACACGACGUCUUAUGGUGUUCACAUUUGACAUGUGUCAUGUGAACAAGAAUGCUCUUCGGGUCGGGUACUUGGUUUCUGCUGUCGGGUCGGUUUGUGGGUGUGGGUUUUUAAUGAUGGCACUUGUUAAUGUGGCCCAGAUUAAACUUGGGACUUUGAGUUGUGGGAGCUCACAUACUUAUGGUGCUGUCAUACCUCUUUUGACUUUUGUUCCUUUAGGCCUUUUGACUUAUGUUUUCUUUGUUUUGUAUGCUUUCACUCGUUAAAUUAGGGAUAGUUUUUGAUACUAUGAGAAUGGUUUGCGUUUCAAUCUUGUUACAUGUUUUUGGUACAAAUACAAGGGGCUUAUGUAUUUAAGUUUUGUUUAAGUUCGGGAAAGGUUUGUGAGUA